UUUCGCCCACAACAAACAUGGCUGCCUCCGCUCUAUGAAUCUAUUCAUUUUACGUGACUGUUUUGAGUUUAAACUCCACGAUGGUUGUCGUCCACUCACAUCCCACAGUCACGGGCACCAUCCUCCGUGUCCGAGGACCGCUGGAGCUCAAAUGUCAGCUGGGCAGCACUGACGUGUUCCAGAUACAAAAGGUGAUCUCAGGAACAUUCGAGGCGCUUCGCUCUCAGGUCAAAUCUGAAGCCUGUGUCCUUUCAGUCUGUGACAGUCCUGUUAUUAUUUGGCCAAACAAAGGUGUUAGGGCAACACCUGAAGAAAUAACACCAGUUAACUUGUGUGAAGAUUUAAAUCAGUGGAUACAGACAGAUGAACAGGAGAGCUUUGGCAAGAAAUCUGGAAAAAAGAAAAGCAAAAAGAGUUCAGCAGUGAGUGUUAUAAAUCUUCACCUGAUGAUGGAAGUGACAAACUCAGGUUCCCUCCCUGCUCCCAUCCUCAGCAGAACAGUCCAGAAAUCCCACUUCCUGGCUACAACUCUUCCCAUUGACUGCGUUGUCUGCACAAGCAGCGACAGCACGAUCAAAGACGCCUGUGAGCACUUAAUGGAAGCGUUAACCCAUCAGCUGUGUGAGAUGGAGAAAGUGACCUUACAGCACAUGAAUGGGACCACACUGCUGGUCCCAGAAGCAUUCCACUUUCUUCUUCCAGAGCCAAAAGGACUGAUGACUGUGGUUUACCCAGCAGGGGUUCCCGACAGCCAACUGGUGACGCAACGCAAGGAACUGCAUCAGCAGUAUGAACUACCAGUUGACAAGUCAUAUUUUAGAAGAGCCAACGCCUACCAUUUUCCUGGUGAGCCUUACAGAGACGGUUACCUUAGAAACCCUCAUCUGGCCCUUACACAUCCUAUUCUGGAUGAUGGAAAGGUGUACUUGGUCCAGGGGAUCUAUAGCUAUCACCACUACAUGCAGGACCGUAUGGAUGAUAAUGGCUGGGGCUGUGCCUAUCGCUCCCUUCAGACCAUCUGCUCCUGGUUCCAGCAGCAAGGCUAUGUUGAGCAUCCUGUGCCCACUCACAAAGAGAUUCAGCAGGCUUUAGUGGAUGUUGGAGACAAACAGUCCUCCUUUGUGGGAUCUCGUCAGUGGAUCGGAUCCAUAGAGGUUCAGGCUGUUCUGAACCAGCUGCUCAGUGUCACCUCCAAGAUCAUGUUUGUCAAUCAGGGAUCUGAGUUGGCAUCGAAAGGCAGAGAACUGGCCAACCACUUCCUCACAGAGGGGACUCCUGUUAUGAUCGGAGGGGGAGUGUUAGCUCACACUAUCCUGGGCGUGUCUUGGAGUGAGACAAGUGGGCAGAUCCGCUUUCUCAUCCUAGAUCCACAUUACACAGGAGCAGAAGACCUACAAGUUAUCACAGACAAGGGCUGGUGCGGCUGGAAAGGGCCAGAUUUUUGGGAUCAAACUGCAUAUUAUAAUCUCUGUCUGCCUCAGAGGCCAAAGGUCAUCUGAACUGUCAAAGUUGUAAAGGACAUGGUUAAGCAUCAGUAAAUAAUAUGUAUGGAGUUACAUUGUAAACUGUUCUUAUAUUAGAAUGUGCCCAAUUUAACACAUUUGGGUAUGCAUUGUCUUUCAACAAAGGCACAAUUAGAUUUACAGUAUUGUAAUAGAACCCACUCAUAUCCUGUAUUCUAUACAUAUGGCUGGUAAAUGAUGUACCAUGAACAGACUUCUUUUAAAAAGACAGAGAUUUGUUGUUGGUUGAUGUUACUGGUAAACAAACUCACCAUUGCUGAUCUUGACCCCCACUGUGAGUGAACUCCCUUCUACAUAUAGAAGAUUUUAACUGCAGCUGAUGGACAUAUACAUUAUUGUACUAUAAUAUAUGGCUGAUAAUACACAUGAUUAAAGUGUACAAUAUG